AUGGCUCUUGCUACUCCCGAAACGAUGUAUGCGUGGCGCAAGCACAGAGGCAAUAAUGAUCCUGUUUCUUGUGCAAGAUGUUGGCUUCUGGCGGUAGGUCUACCAUGGCUCCAGACCUGGAUUGUUGUCUGCCGAGACGAACGAACACAGAUUCCUUAUGCAAACAACGGGAGACGUGGUGAAGCUUUGCUAGCUCUGGUCACGAUUUCAGUGAGGCUCAAAGUUGUUGAUCAUUCACUUCUCACAAACGACAAGCAACGGCCGUGGUUCCAGGAAAAGUACAUCUUAGGCCACGAGGGCUGCGGCGAGAUCAUCGAUAUAGGCCAGCAGGUGCAGGAUAAGAGGUUUAGAGUGGGAGACAAGAUUGCUCUGCUUGCGGUCCCAGGCUGUGGGCAGGGCACUUGUGUUGAGUGUUCAAGGGACCUCGCGCAACUUUGUCAGCAUGGUCACCACUCGGGCAUUGGACAAGACGGUUUCUAUGCGCCGUAUGCAGCGAUUGACGUACGGGGAGCUGUAGCCUUGCCCAAAGAAGUCACACCGUCUGCGGCUGCAGUUGCCACGGACGCAGUCACAACUGCAUAUCACGCCAUUACACGACGUGGGGAAGUCAAACCCAACGAGACAGUCUUUCUUUUCGGCCUCGGAGGCCUUGGAUUUAAUGCCUUGCAAAUCAUCAAACAUGUAGGAGCGAGGGUUAUCGUAUCAGACAUUAGACAGGAAAGACUGGAUGCAGCCGCAAGCCUGGGAGUUCCACGGCAGGAUCUUGUGCCUGCUGGCAAAUCAGUCCAGGAAUUCGUGAAAGAAAACGGCUUGCAAAAUACAAUCGACACAGUCCUAGACUUCGUCGGGACUCACCAGACCUUCGAAGAUGCGCAGCAGAUAGGCAAGUUGGUUUGCAUUGGCACCUUGGAUCUGGAGAACACGGUGCAUAUGAAAAUAGGGAUUCGGAAAAGGUUGAGUAUUGUCUUCUCCUAUGGAGGCCAGCUACGCGACUUGGAAGACGUACUUGAUCUGAUCGCAAAAGGGGCCAUUCAGCCCCAAGUCGAAGAAGGCCAGCUGGAAGACUUUCCGGCAGUAUUGAAAGAUCUGUGUGAUGGGAAAAUCAAAGGCCGGAUUGCACUUGUACAUAAAUCGGCAUAG